AUACAUUUCAACUGAACCAUAACAUCUGAUGAAGGAUGGACAUCGUACCAGAAGGAAACAAUUUCGUGAUCGUUAAGGAAUGCGAACUACCAGCAAUGAUGGAGGAACUAGAAAAAUAUUUUCCUCAUUCUUUAAAAUUCCAUCAAACUAUUAAAACGUACCUGAAUGAUAGAGUAUGGCGAUUUCAAUUUUACAGAGCAAAGACUUGGCCAGAAGAUCCCGUCUGUUUGCAUUUUCCAGGCUGCACAUAUACGCCGGAUAAUAGGACAAAUGAAAGCGUAGGUAUUUUUUGUCCGCCAGAUAAACUAGAGCGAAUGGAUCUGAUUAAAGACGAGGACGUUCUUUUUGAAUGGCAUAGUCCACUGUACAUGAACUUUACCCAUGUAGGCAUCAUGUUCAAGAUGGAAGAGAUAUAUCGGGAAAAAGUGAAUGGCAAGUUAGAUGGGCAUAUCUACGGUGACAUUUACGUACACGAAUGUCCGUCUGAGUUGGAUUUAGCACUGGAACCGUUAGCAGCGAACGAAGUGAUCAUGAAACCACUGUGCAUCGACGAUGUGAAGGACAUUCACGAUUUGUACCCCGCUGGUGAUAUCGAAAGUCUUGAGCUGUUUGAAAAAUUAGUCCGCCAGCUUCCAGGGUUUGGCGUGUUCAAUCAAUCGGACAAUGAAUUAGCAGCAUGGAGUUUGCAGUCCUACUACGGCGGAAUGUUUUCUAUGCAAACUAAGCCGAAAUUCCGAAGAAAAGGGUACGGUAUUCAACUUGCACAAUCUCUGACAAAGUUGGUAAUCCAAAGGGGAUACAUACCAUUUGUUGUCAUCAGGCCUGAAAACGAUGCUUCCCGUGGGCUUUAUACGAAACUGGGAUUUCGAAAAGCGUUCGAGAGCGUACGUGGCACUUUUGUGCCAUUUGCUGACGCAAACGAUUCGCGAAUUGGCUUGCCAACUGACGUACAAAGUGAAACAUCAACUACUGAUGAGUUAUCUCGAGACCAGCAUUGCACAAUGGAAGCGUCUGAAAGAACAAACGGGAUCGUUGCGGAUAAGGGAAAGGAUAUAUGCUGAAUUUUAACACACGUUAUCAAACGCGGAAACGAAUCGUGCAGAUUAUAUUGAUAAAAUGAUCUUUGAAAACGUUUUAAAGUAAGAUUUAAAAAAAAAAACCAGGUUCAAUAUUUAUCAUAAUAUCAAGUACAUCCUGCAGCCGAAAGUAUAGGAGAAGGAUUAAUUGCUAAUGCAACCAAAGCUAAAGCAGCAUUGGCAGAUGCGCAGCAGCAGCCGCCGCCGUCGCCGC